AUGAAGGCUCAGCCCAGAAACUGUCACUUUGACCAGAGCCAGGACACUCCUGAUGACGCGGUCAACAGGUCUGUUUCUCAGGAGGAGAAAGAGGAGAACAUCCGCAACGUCGUCAUCACCACUACCUCAGGGACUCAGCAGCAAACUACGCAGACAGGGGUGAUUACACCAAUAACAUUUGUACAGCAAGCUAAUUCCUCACAUACAAAGUUUCCACUUCAAAGAAAAAGUUCUAAUAUUACAAGUGACUCAGGUCGCAGUUCAACAAGUGAAAACGAAGACAAUAUCGACUGCAGUGUGUUCCGAGAGGAACUGGAUGUUGCCAGGCGUCACAGCAUCGCAUGUGUUGAUGCAACAGGACAUUUAAAUGUGCCCACUUUUGUGAACUACAUUGCUGACUCCCAGGUGGAAUCAGACGUACACACCAGCUCCUCAUUUACAACACUUGGUAGUCCUAGUGAUAAUUCAGACUACAAUAUUCAUGGUUGUGUCAACUCUAAGCGAGCUCCAAAGAUUAUUUACAGUUACUCUGAAGAUCGACUGACAACAUCUAAUGCAAAGAGACCAAUAUUUCCCUCCCUUCCAUAUUCGCCAUAUGGCUCCCCUACUGCCUCGCCUCGCCUUCGUCGACAACCUACUAUGGAGACACAUCGGGUGUCAGUCUCAGACAGUGAUGGCUACAUUCAACUCAAUCAGUACAAGAUGAAGGAUGAAAUAGGAAAGGGUUCAUAUGGAAUUGUUAAGUUGGUGUUCAGUGAAGAGGAUGAGACACAUUAUGCAAUGAAAAUUCUAUCCAAGAAACGGCUUAUGAAAAAAGCAGGUUUUUUCAGACGCACACCCCCAUCUCGAGAUGGUAAGAAUAACCGUCCAAGUAAUCCUCUGGAUCGUGUCUAUCGAGAGAUAGCAAUCCUGAAGAAACUUGAUCACCCUAAUGUUGUCAAGUUGGUGGAAGUGCUGGAUGACCCAGAAGAAGACAACUUGUACAUGGUUUUUGAACUUGUGGAAAAAGGGGAGGUGAUGGCAGUACCAACGUCAAAUCCUUUUUCCGAAAACCAGGCUUGGUGCUACUUUCGUGACAUGAUACUCGGCAUUGAAUAUUUACAUCAUCAGAAGAUUGUUCAUCGAGACAUCAAACCUUCCAAUCUACUGCUGACUGAUGAUGGUCACAUAAAGAUUGCUGACUUUGGUGUGAGUAAUGAGUUCAGUGGUGGUGAUGCUUUUCUCACCAACACAGCGGGAACCCCUGCCUUCAUGGCACCAGAGACACUGAAAGAGGAGCGUGAGAAAUACAGCGGGAAGGCUCUGGACAUUUGGGCCAUGGGAGUGACUUUGUUCUGCUUUGUCUAUGGUCGAGUGCCUUUUGAAGAUGACUUCAUCCUGGGACUUCACAAGAAGAUUCUGAAGGAUCCUGUGAGAUUCCCUGAAAUGCCUGCUGUGUCAAAUGAUUUGAAGAAUCUACUUCUGCGAAUGUUAGAAAAGAUCCCAGAUACUCGCAUCACUCUCGAUGAGCUGAAGGAGCACCCAUGGGUAAGCCGGGACGACCAGCACCCACUGCCCACAGAGGAGGAGAACUGCAGUCUGGUGGAGAUCACAGACGAAGACAUUAAGAAUGUCAUUAAACAUGUUCCCAAACUAGAAACACUGAUCAUGGUAAAGAGCAUCCUCAAGCAGAAGUCAUUCCGUAACCCCUUCUUGCGCGAGAAAGAGAACCGACUGAAGAAAGAUCUCCACAAAACUGGACGCUCAAACUCUGCCCCUGAAACCUUUGCACAUAUCAAACGGAAAGUGUCGACUGAGGCCAAUGUGGAUGUGCCCCUGGCAGAAGCCUCCUGAUGUCUUCCGUCAUCUCAACAAAUCCCAGCGUGCUUCCUGUGCCAUGACUAAAAGACUGCUCUGGCUAAACGCUGAAUAUCGGUAUCUACCAGAUUUGCUGACUGAACAUUUUGUCUGCGAGUCACCCAAGUCACAGCAGUUCCAGUUAUACAACACAGACACAAGACAACUGCUGUAGCAAAACAAUGUGCAGCAGGAUUCAGUGUGGUGCUGCUCUUUCUCAAACACAAGUAAUAAAUCAAAUUCAAUGUUUGCAAUCUCUGAAAGACAAACUGUUGCAGAGCCCACAUAUAGCAAUUGGUUCCUUGAUGAUGUAUGAUGCCCUUCCUUGUUGAUGUGCUUGGUUUAUCUUCUUAUUGUCGCCUGUAUCCUACCAAAGACCCUGUGAUGCCAGACAGAACUUUGAUUUUGUGUCAUGGACAAAAUGAUUAGUAGAUUAAUUUGCUUAUUUAGAUGGCUAAAAGGUGAUCUUCAACCGCCACAACAUGGUAGUUAUAUGUACAAACUGGCUUCCUUCAUUGGAUAGUCCAUUUGUCAUGCUUUGUUUCAAUAGCUGCAUGUACAUUCAAAAUCAUUCCAUGAAACAUGUUUGCCAAGUGGUGCCUUUUGGCAGUUACCAUUUUCGAACAUCAGUAUAUUUCGUUUAUUUUUCAGUAGUCUGAAGCUGAAAUGUCUAUCAGUGUCAUUACUGGACGUGUGUUAUAAUAUCCCUCAUCCAUUAAUCAAAUACUGGGAUCUUUUGACAUUCCCAGUAUGUCUGUCUUGCAUUGUAGUCCAUGGCAACAGGAUACAAUUGUACUUAUAUUUAUUGUACGUGGAAUUUGCCCCUUUGUUAAUCUUUCUGUGUGGUCUUUACUGUUGUUACAAGCACUUCUAGGAUGUUGCUGUGGCAGCGUUGCAACAAAGGAUGGUGGCAGCUGAACAUUAUAAUGCACAUGCAUGUUCAAGGGCUGCAAAGAAUUCGCACACCUCCAAGUACAACUUCAUUCAGUGACGAUUCGUUGUUACAGUGUGGUCCCCAGCAAACUGUGCCUGGUGAGAAAGGAAACUGAACACAGCUGAUUCAGGUGUGGUGAUUUGGCUGAUUGCUUGUCAUUGUGCCAUGGACUGGUGCUCAGGUCAAUCACUG